UCAUGCUUCAGCAGUUAAAAACUCACCAAAAUUAGAAAGCUGAAUAAUUGGCACCAAAAUAUAUUAAAACCAUAUUAUUUGCAGUUCCCAUCCCCACUCCGUUAUUUGAUGACAAUCUAGCUACUGCUCUCUCCGGAAUCUGCAGAUCUCAGAAAACUCUCUUCUUUCAGGUGCGCAAUCGGAUCUCGUUUCUUUUGAUCCAGAAUAGUAAACAAUUUCAAUUCCAUUACCAUGAAUUCCAACUUCGACUUCGAUCUGGGUCUCGGAUCCAGCCGACCCAAAUCGCUCAACGACCAGAAGAACAAGACCUCUUCUUUCACCUCCUCCGCCACCGCCGCCCAAUCCCGACCCACCUGGCAACAACCCACCGCCAGCAGAACCACCUCCUGGACCCACCAGCCGGCUCCGACCCAGAGCGCCCGACCCGGAUUGACCAACGCCCCGACUUCCAUGGUCGGGGAUAUCUUCGGAAAGAGCUGGACUUCCGCGGCUCCGGCGGUUUCCGCCACCCCGAUCACCGUCGUCAAUAAAAACCCAAAUUUGUUUGGGGAUUUGGUCAGUUCCGCCAUGGGUGGUAAGAUCAAUAGUAAUAGCAAUGUUCCUUUGAAGAAUGCAACCCCGGCUUCGAAUAAGAGCUCGUUUUCCAUGGGGAACCUGGCCGAUUCGUUGCCCAAAACCACCACUGCUGCUAGUAAUAGUUCGGUGAAAAUUGGUGGUGCAAAUUAUGGUGCUUCUGGGAAUUUUGGGAGUUUCUCUGGUGGGUUUAAUAGCAAUGCUAAUAAGGUUAAUAGUGGUGUUAACGCUAAUAGUAAUAAGAGUGCGAAUCUUGGAGGUCCUUCGCUGCAAAAUAUGGGCAGUGCUAGUGUUGGUGGCGGUGGAUUGAGCUCUAAGAAAGACCCUUUUGGUUCUUUGGUGGAUCUCGCAUCAAAACCAUCUGCUACUAUUAACUCAGCGAGUAAAACUAGUGAUCAAAGUAGUGUUGGUGAUGCUUUUGGAGAUUUUCAGAAUGCACCGAAACCAAGCACCACCAAUACUACAUUCGCCUCGAGUGCCUUCCCAGAUAGCAGUUUUAUGGGAUCAGAUUCGGAUUCUGGCUUUGGGGAUUUUGGGGUUUCGGUGAAGCCAACCCCUGCUCAGUCUGCUAGCAAUGAUCCCUUCGGCGUGUUGUUUACCCCAUCUUCAGGUUCGGCUGGAGGUGCUGCAACAGCAAAUAAUGGUGUUGGAAUGCAGCAAUCCUCUGAAGUUGAUGGUUGGGGGACAGAGUUUGGGGGAGGACAUGAUGACAGUGGUUCGACAACUGAGCUUGAGGGUCUUCCACCUCCUCCUGCUGGGGUGUCAGCCUCAACAGCAAAGAAUAAAGGAAUGGAUAAUUACAAGCAAGGGCAGUAUCCCGAUGCUAUUAAGUGGUUUUCUUGGGCUGUUAUUCUUCUUGAGAAAUCAGCUGAUAAUGCUGGCGUUGCAGAUGUCUUGUCAAGCAGGGCUUCAUGUUACAAAGAAGUAGGGGAGUAUAAGAAAGCUGUGGCAGACUGCACAAAGGUUCUUGAUAAAGAUGAAGCAAAUGUAUCUGUUCUGGUACAGCGUGCGCUCUUGUACGAAAGUAUGGAAAAGUACAGACUUGGGGCAGAAGAUCUUAGGACGGCUCUGAAGUUUGAUCCUGGUAACAGGGUUGCAAGAAGCACCAUUCACCGCUUGCAGAAAUUGGCAGACUAGAUGGUUUUUGAAAUUUCAUAUUGCUAGUCUAUUCAUUUAGGUACAUUGAUACUUAACCCUCUCCCCUCUUUACCAUCAUAGAUUUCUGGGGAACUAUAAUUUUUUAUUCAUUACUUGGCCGUCGAGGAUGGUAUUCACGUGUAUGGUGCAUUUUCUUUCUUCUGUUGCUUGUGACCGGAAAUGGUUCUUUGUUACUUCAGACUGGUGUUGGAAUCGAAAGAUUGAAUUGCAUUGUA